AAAAAAAAAAACUUUGGUGAGUAGAAGUUUAGUUUACCCAUAACUUUUUUAAGGAAAAAAACAGAGCUCACUCUUGUAAUUUUGCUUAGGGUUUUCUUUUAAUCAAAACUAAUCUGAUUCUGCUUUCUACUCCAAAAUCACCAAAAGCCCAGAUUUCGUUUAGAAAUUAGAAAACCCCAUCGUUUAUAGCGCUGUUAAAUACCUCCAUAAACAUCAUCCCCUCAAAAAAAGGAGAAGCUUCUCUCUCCCAUUAACCCUAACUACACAAGAAAUAAAAUUACCUCAAUACAAUAGGAUGGCAGAAGCAGAGGUAGGAUCUGGUGAAGGAAAGCCCCAAGAGAUGUCGUUGAAGGAUAAAGGGAAUGAGUUUUUCAAGGCUGGGAACUACCUUAAAGCUGCUGCUCUUUACACUCAGGCCAUUAAACAAGACCCUUCAAAUCCCACUCUUUAUAGCAAUCGAGCAGCAGCGUUUCUAAAUUUGGUUAAACUUAACAAAGCGCUGGCUGAUGCUGAGACAACAAUUACUUUGAAACCUCAAUGGGAAAAGGGAUAUUUUCGAAAAGGAUGCAUUUUAGAGGCUAUGGAACGAUAUGACGAUGCUUUAGCUGCCUUCCAAAUAGCUUUGCAAUACAACCCACAAAGUGCAGAAGUCUCAAGAAAAAUUAAGAGACUUUCGCAGCUUGCGAAAGAUAAAAAGCGAGCUCAAGAAGUGCAAAAUUUGCGAUCCAAUGUAGAUAUAGCAAAAUGCUUGGAAACAUUGAAAUCUGAAAUGUCUGAAAAGUACAAAUCAGAAGAUAGUUGGAAAGAGAUGUUUUCUUUUCUUGUUGAGACAAUGGAAACAGCUGUAAAAUCAUGGCAUGAGACUUCAAAAGUGGAUCCUAGAGUCUACUUCCUUCUUGAUAAGGAGAAGAGCCAAGCCGAUAAAUAUGCUCCAGUUGUCAAUAUUGACAAGGCUUUUGAAUCACCUCAUACGCACAGCAGUUGUUUUUCAUUUCUUAGGCAAUAUGCUGAAGAUUCUUUCUCUAGAGCAGCUUGUUUAGUUGCUCCUAAAAGUAUCAUAGCUUAUCCACAGGUCUGGAAAGGUCAGGGUUCAAGGAAGUGGAAGCAUGGGCAACAUGAUGGUUUCUUUGUUCAAUUCGAGUCACCACUCUUGCGAAAACUAUGGUUUAUUUCGAGUUCCAAUGAGAUGGGGAAGACACUGUGCAGGGAUCCAGAGGUUCUAGAUAUAGGUGCACAUGAAGUAUUUCCACGCCUUUUCAAAGAAAAGCUAUCCAGUUCCUCAUGAGCUUUAUCUUAGGCUGAAGGAAAUUGCUAGGCAUGCCGGUGGACUUUGAUUGCGAGGUUUACAUAUGAAAAAAGGUACCAACAACAUAGCGUGCUUGCUUGUUACUUCGAGUUGGAUAUGAAUUUCCUUUUAUAUGUGAAAACUCGCCAACUAGGUACACUUUUUCGAGUCACAUAGCACUCAUUUUCUUGGUUUUGAAAAAUUUUCUAAAGAAGUUUACAAGCCUUUUUUGAGUGAUUACAUUUUAUGGGUGUUUGUUAAAACUGCUUUCUUGCCUUAAGUGAUUUGCGGGUUUCGGUUCUUGAGUUGGUUAUAUAUGUUGGAAGAACUGUAAAGCUAGUUGGUGUAGAACUUAUAAUCUUGUUUUCUGUUGUAAUUAUAUGUAGAAAGUUAUUGAUAAGGGCUGAUGUAGUUUUGUUUCAUUUAUGCAUGAAGUGUUUCUUUCUUUUAA